GAAUGGCAACCUCUGGAGGCGGAAGUCUCCGGGCAAUCCGCAUUCCUGGCAGGCAUGGUUAUGCGGUGGAGUUCUCUCCUUACAAACCCUCCACUUUGGCAUGCGCUGUCUCACAAAACUUUGGCAUAUCAGGUUGCGGGACUCUGGUGGUGCUGGAGCAAAAUGAAGGGGGAAUUGCUGUUCGUAGAAGCUUUGAAUGGACUGAUGCACUGUUUGAUGUGGCAUGGAGUGAGAACAGUGAGAACAUUGUGGUGACAUCCAGUGGAGAUGGAUCUCUGCAACUAUGGGAUAUCACAAAACCCCAAGGCCCAUUACAAGUCUUCAAAGAACAUACGCAAGAGGUUUACAGUGUUGAUUGGAGCCAAACACGAGGAGAGCAACUGAUAGUGUCUGGCUCUUGGGAUCACACUAUUAAAUUGUGGGAUCCCUCCUGUGGGAAGUCACUAAGCACUUUCACUGGUCAUGAAAAUAUAAUCUAUAGCACCAUAUGGUCACCACAUUUACCAGGGUGCUUUGCAUCUGCAUCAGGUGACCAUUGUCUCAGAAUUUGGGAUAUGAAAACACCAGUGUCCAAACUAGUGAUUCCAGCUCACCAGGCAGAAAUUUUAAGCUGUGACUGGUGUAAAUACGACCAGAAUUUGCUUGUGACUGGUGCUGUGGACUGCAGUUUAAAAGGCUGGGACUUGAGGACUGUACGUCAGCCUGUGUUUGAACUUCAAGGCCAUAAUUAUGCAAUUAGAAGAGUAAAAUUUUCUCCAUUUCAUGCAAGCAUUGUGGCAUCUUGUUCCUACGAUUUCACAGUCAGGUUGUGGGACUUUUCCAAAUCUUCCUCAUUACUAGAAACAAUGAACCAUCACACGGAAUUUGUUUGUGGCCUUGACUUCAGCAUCCUCACACCUGGACAGAUUGCAGACUGUGCGUGGGAUGAAACUGUGAAAAUAUAUACCCCAUCCUGCCUCUCAUUGCCUUAAUCCUAGCCAUUGUCCUGAGCCAACAGUACAAAGGAGGGAAAGAAAAAGAACCUUCUUUACAGUCAUUAAAUAUCAUUUAGGUUUGUUUUUGGUAAUUCAGCUUUCUUCCCAGUAUUUGUUUUAUGGAUCCCUAUGUAAGAACUAGUUAGUGACUGUAACAGCCUGUAUAUGAAUAAGGUAUGAACAGAUUCCAUGAAUGAUUUUUUAAAUGUGGGAUUAAUAAAUUGAAAUGUUUUGCUGACAUUAAGGAUAUAGGAAAAAUGAUCAAAUAUUUUUGUCAAUAGUAAAGUAAAUAGGAAAACUACAUUCUAAAAUGGAAUAUACAGAUCUAGCUACAGAAACUCAUCUGAUUUUGGCGAUAAAGAGAUUUUCAUAAGUAAUGCUUCUGGUCUAAACAUGUUGCAGAGGGCAUUCCCACCAGGGAAAAUAGCAUAUGAAUAGGGGCUGAGGUGAGCUCAGGUUUCCCUAAAUGUGAUUGUAGGAAAGAGGAAGUCUGACAAACAGGGCAUAUGAUAAAUUAAAGUUCAAUGAGAAUUGCUCUCUUUUUUGUCAGUAAAAAAAAAAGGUUUCUAUAAAUCAAAAAGCACUGCACUCUCAGUGGGACAUUCACUAAGAAUCAUAGUUGCGCUGGUGCUCCGCAAAUU